CAGAACUGGCGCCGUCUCGUCAGUCAGGCCCAGAAUAUCCCCCAUGAACAGAACCCGGAGCGGGCCGGUGGAGUCCAGGACACUCUGCGGGUACAGCAGCGCAGCCGGGACACCUGAACGCGAAACAGAACCACAGAUAUAGCGCCAUGCAGCGGGUCCUGCGCGUCUUGCGUACAGCGUGCCUGCGGGGGACUGGAGACGAGAUGCGUCCCUGGGCCGUUCUGCCUCUUCUCCAGAGCUCAGGGUUUACCUGGAGCAGACAGGUGAAACUCUUCAGUCCUGGGGAAGGAAGGUUUCUCGGCCUCAGCCCAUAAAUCAUGCCUCACACACCCUCCCAACAUUCAGACCCUCGGGCCGGCUCCACCGCUACCCCCACCCCCGCUUUUAACAGCACGACCACUGCCCCCCCAGGCUUUCUGACGCAGCUGCUCGACAGGAUCCCCCUGCCAUUGUGGGCCAUUUACGCCAUCUUGGCUCUGACCCUCCUGCUGUUCCUGGCCUGCGUCGUGUGCAUCUGCGUGAAGUGCUGCUGCAAGGACAAGAAGAAGAGGAAACAGAAGAAGAAGGAUGUGGACCGGCCGAUGAGCUUGAUUGAUGUGAACGGCUCCUCUGGCACCGAGCUGGUCCAGCCUGAGGUGGAGGACUCCUCUGACGAGCCCAAAGGAAGGCUGCUCUACUCACUGGAGUACAGUCCACACAGCUCAGAGGUCACGGUGGGGGUGAUGGAAGCGGCCGGGUUGAAAGCGGUGGCCCAGGAGGGCACGUUAGACCCUUACGUCAGACUCUGCAUCCUGCCAAACAACACCAAGACCUUUGAGACCAAAGUGUUCAGAAGCACUCUCAACCCGGCCUUCAACGAGCAUUUCACAUUCAAGAUCGCUCAGUCGGAGCUCAGCCGGUCCACCCUGGUGCUGCAGGUGUUCGACUUCAACAGGUUCACCAAACACGACGUCAUCGGCGAGCUGCGGCUGCAGCUGGGCGCGGUCGACUGGAAUCACGUGAUCGAGGAGUGGGGGGAUUUGAGCGAGGCGUCCGACAUCGAGGAGAGCUUUGGAGAAAUCUGCUUUUCCCUGCGCUACGUCCCCGCAGCGAAGAAACUGCGCGUGGGGAUCCUGGAGGCCAGGAACCUGAAGAAGAUGGACCUGGGGGGCAUGGCAGAUCCCUAUGUGAAAGUGCAGCUGAUCCUGGGAAGGAAGAAGUGGAAGAAGAAGAAGACGUCAGUGAAGAAGAAAACGCUGAAUCCCUACUUCAACGAAAUGUUUUCCUUCGACGUGUCAUUUGACCAGAUUCAGGCAAGUGGGACUGUAGCUGUGAUUCAUGGUGAUUAUGAUGAUGAUGAGGAUGAUGACGAUGAUGGCAGUGUUUCACAAGUCCCGCACACAAAUGGGACUGAGCUGAAGUAAUCAGGCCUGGCUUGAAUAUUUAUUUGAGAUGCUUGAAGUCUAUCGAUGCAGCUAUAAAA